GAAACAACUCGGAUGAAGUCCACUUGCGGCGUGUUCACGCGAGUACGAUCGCGGCGACGCCGGCCACCAUUGCAGUCGACACUCACCUCCUGCAGGACGGAGGCGGGAUGAUGAAGGACAGCGCAGAUGAACGCCGCGGCAGCGCCGAGCUGAACACUCUGUAUUCGGCUCCUCUAUUGCCCACCUUCAGCCAGCCGCUGUAUGGAGCAGCAGAGCGGCUGAGCAAGAGCCGGCAGCUGGCCGAGGUCUACAGCCGUCAGGCAGAACCAAUCAGUGUGUGCCAGUCACGCAGCGGCGAAGAGCCGCGAAGCAACCGCCAACAGCUGCAGUCGGGUGUCAACACCGCUGAGGAACCGGCAGAGCUGACAAGAGGGCAUUGAAGGAGGUUCGCCUUGCGAAGACGAGCGGCUGAUAGAAGAGCUUCUGCGUGGAGCAAGAAACAGGGAGGCGACGCUGGUCGCCAUUGCUGUGUGCUUCGUCGUCAUUCACUCUCUUCGGCCUCAUCCCUCUCGUUGGUCUGCCACGGCCCGCGGAGAUGUCGAACAUCUUCGGUGCUGUACAAGCAGGCAGCUCUUCGGCUCCUUGAUUAUGUCCUGACCUUCAGAGAGAGGAGUGAGGGGUUGUGGACGAGCUGGACCUUCUCGCUCUUGAGGAGAGGCAAGCCUUUCAAGGUGAGCUGCAAGCCAGACAAGGAGAGACACCGGACGAGAAAGCACAUGGCGUGUGUCUUCAUGCAGAGAUCUUCUGCGGUCUUUUUAUUUCGUCGUUUGCCUGUUCGGCUGCUGCCGAGCUGCUGGAGCAGUUGAUUCUACUCGCACAACAUGACGUGGCCUCUGUUCGCUUGGCGCUGCUUUUCUGUUUGCUUGGCGCUGGUUUUCUAUUGUUAUCUUGGAGUGCUGGUAUACUUGUGGGAGAACAGGACACGGUAGAGUGUGUAAAAGACGGUAGACUACCGGAGUGUCUUAAUCGUAGUAAUUCAACCUUACGGACACUCUCACGUCGAUAGCUCAUCCAUGCAGCAGACUCAUUCAACGGUAAUGAAGGCAC